AUGUCUGCCUUUAUCCGCACUAUCCCAAGGGUUAGAGCAUCGAUCUUGCGCUCUGCAAGACUGCAACUAAGAACAUACGCCUCGUACCCCCCACACACCGUGAUUGGCAUGCCAGCCUUGUCGCCUACAAUGACACAAGGUAGUGUGGCCGUGUGGUCCAAGCAGGUUGGUGACCAGUUGGAGCCUGGCUGUGUUUUGGCCGAGAUUGAAACCGACAAGGCCCAGAUGGAGUUCGAAUUCCAAGAAGACGGGUACUUAGCCAAGAUCUUGGUUCCUGAGGGCACAAAGGACUUGCCAGUCGGCAAACCCAUUGCUGUCUACGUCGAGGAAGAGAGCGAUGUUGGCGCUUUUAAAGACUUCACCGUCGAAGACUCCAGUGCUGGCCAAGCGGCCCCAGAGGCGAAGAAAGAGGAACCAAAGAAGGAAACGCCUUCCUCCGACACUGGCUCCUCUAAGCCAGCCGCCAAGAAGUCCUCCGGCACUGCUACUGCUCCAAGCGACAGAAUCAUUGCGUCUCCUUUGGCUAAAACCAUCGCUUUGGAGAAGGGCAUUUCCUUGAAAUCUAUUACCGGUACCGGUCCAAACGGUAGAAUCACCAAAUCUGACGUAGAGGAAUUUUUAAAGAAAGCUCCUGCCGCGUCUGCUCCUUCAGCUUCAGGUAGCCCCGCUCCAGCUUCCGCCCAAUACGAGGACAUCCCUAUCACUACCAUGAGAAAGAUCAUUGGCGAUCGCCUACUAGAAUCUACUUCUGGUACUCCAUCAUACAUUGUGUCUUCUCAAAUUUCUGUUUCGAAGCUAUUGAAGUUGAGAACUUCUUUGAAUGCCUCUGGCAAAGACCAAUACAAAUUAUCUGUGAACGACAUGUUGAUCAAGGCCAUCACGGUGGCUGCUCAAAGAGUUCCAGAUGCUAAUGCCUACUGGAUGCCAGCUGAAGGUGUUAUCAGAAGAUUCAAGAACGUGGAUGUUUCCGUGGCCGUCGCCACCCCACAAGGGCUACUAACCCCUAUCGUCAAGAAUGCCGAUUCCAAGGGUUUGAUUUCCAUCUCUCAAGAGAUUAAAGAGCUCGGCAAGCGCGCCAAGAUCAACAAGUUGAAGCCAGAAGAAUUCCAAGGCGGCACUAUCUGCAUCUCUAACAUGGGUAUGAACAACGCGGUCUCAAUGUUCACUUCAAUUAUCAAUCCACCACAAUCCACCAUUUUGGCCAUUGGUACUGUCCAAAGAGUUCCCGUUGAAGACGCUGGUGCCGAAUACGGUUUCUCUUUCGACAACAAGAUGAACAUCACCGGUACUUUCGACCACAGAACCAUUGACGGUGCCAAAGCUGGUGAUUUCAUGAGGGAGUUGAAAAAGGUCAUUGAAAACCCAUUGGAAAUGCUAUUAUAA